GCUCUUCUGAAUCUGCUGUUAUCCUAACCAAGGAAAAUUGUACAUAGCAGGAAGAACAGUUCUAAGGAAUUGACGUUAAAUCUCCCUGCAUCACAUGGAGAAGAUUCAUUGUGAGCAGCUCAAAAGCAAGAAUGAAGGUGCAGAGAAUCUUCUACAAUUGUGCCUCCAUCAGUGUGUUGAGAUGGAAAGCAGGUGUGAAAGCAAAGAGCUUGAUGUUGAAAUAAGGAAUCUGAUAGAGAAGAAUAAUACUUCCCAGUUGUGUGAGAACCCUGAACCUAUUGCCCAAGAGUGUCCGAACAGUCAGAGAACUUUGUGUUCCCUUAAGACCUGUAGUGAAACAAAUGUUCCAAGCCAUUUCGGAUGUGCGUGGGCAGAUGCGGAUAAAAUGGAAGCUUCACCCAACCAGUUAGAAUCAAAGCACACAAUGCUGACCAAAAAGAAGACUAUAUCAGCUGAUUCUGUGGAACAACAGAUCCUCUCACUGAAAAGACAGAGACGAGAGCUUCUGGAGGUGAACAAGCAAUGGGAUCAUCAAUUUAGAAGUAUGAAACAGCACUAUGAAAAAAAGCUGGCAGAAAUGAAAGCAAAACUGGACGUGUCACAGAGGAGAGUUGGUGAGCUGGAGGAAGAGAGACAUCGAAAUCAUCCAGAAAAUGAGAAUUUGCGAGUCCUGGGCAGAGAUGGGCCGUUGCAAGAAACGAAAGAAAAAAGGAUCCUCGCUGAUGCCCUCCAUGAAAUGAAGGAAGAGAACAAGCUCCUGAAGGAAAAAAGUGCCUCGAUGAUAAGAAAGAAUGAACGCUAUGAAUGUGAAAUAAGUCGUCUCAAUAAGGCCCUCCUGGAUAUGUUGAAAAAGCAACACUCCUCUACCCUUGAGAUUCCUUCAGCAAAGUUUGACAGGAACAGCCUUGAGGAUGUGCAAACCCAACUCGAGGUUCUCAGACAGCAGGUACAAAUAUAUGAAGAAGACUUCAGGAAGGAGAGAUCUGACAGAGAAAGACUUAAUGAGGAGAAAGAAGCACUGCAGAAAAUUAAUGAGGGUUUACAAUCUCAACUGGAUAAACUAAAUUCUCAGAUUAAGACCUGUCUCAAAGAAAAGGAACAACUAGAAAGGCAGUUACAGCAGCAGACAAAAGACCUCCCAGUAAAGACUGAGCGGCCCAGCUUCCCGCCUCCACUCUUUCUCUCACCGUGUGUUAAUUAUGGGAACUGUGGGUUGCUGCUUCACUAUCAAGAUCCUCGAGUUCAUCCAGUGUCUCAUAGGACACAUGAACAGCAACAGCACUCUCCAGACUAUCAGUGGUAUGUUCCUGACCAGUUUCCGCCAGAUGUGCAGCACAAGGCAAAUGAUACAUCCUCAGAGAAAGGAGCCCAUCCCUGACAGCUUAUGACCUGGAGAAGCGUAGACCAAAGGCUGCCAACUAGUCUUGCAACUUCAUUAUUUUGUUUUGUUCUGUUUUUUGCCCCUAGCUUCUUAUCUCUGCAGUGCAUAUUAUUUAUGCCUGGUGAAAUCCUUGCGAGGAUAAUAGAAAAGCAGAUCAUUCAGGCUAGCGAGACACAGGAUCCAGUUAAACUCUGCUGGGAAGUGUUACUGCCCUUUGUUCUGAAGAUGCUGUUUGUGUUGGCUAUGAGAAUCUAUUAAAAUGCCUUGUGAUAAAAGAUGCAGCUAUUGCUGGGGAUUCAGAGACUGUCACAUCUGUUUUGAAUUCAAGAGCUUUAAGCCCAAUAAUGUUGUGAUAUUUUUUGUUUGAAAAUUACAGCCCUUUUUAUUUGAUUCCUGGGAAUGAUUUGUUGAUGUGCCAUCUUGAAUUCUCUACUUUUUUUCUUGGUUGUUUGGUAAAAAAGGAAAUCUGCUUUACUGUUUAAACACACUUCUAUAAUUGUAUUCAGGGUACUACAGAUGCCAUGCCAGAUAAAAGGUACCUACUCCCAUUUUGAGUCAAGGCCAGCUCUGUUUUUGAUUUGGCUCCAAAAUUGCAUGAAAAACAUAAUCAGAUUUUUUUCUGUGUACUUAUUUGUAUCAAUAGAAUGUUAAUAGAAAUAUUUCACGGGUUUAACUUCUCAGUGAAAAUGGCUUUAUAUUUCCAGACGAUUCUAGUAAAGAAUUCGAUUGUAGUGAAUCUGAACAUAGUUGGUUGACCAGUAAUCCGAGAAUAAAACCUGGGUUUCUAAAUGGA